UUCUUAUUAUAGUCCCUCCAAUGAAAGGAAGAGAUAUUUGAAGAACAUUUUCCAAGAAAUUUGGAAGCAGAAGCCGCAACUCCCGGAGAGAUGGCAACAUCAGUGAAUUUCUGUGUUUUCAGCGUUCUGGUGACAGGAUCCGAUCGGGGGAUCGGUCUGGGUCUGGUGAAGAGAUUUCUGGAGCUGUCUUCUCCACCCAAAUGGGUCUUUGCUACAACCCCUGAUCUGGAAUUAAAAGAAACCAAGGAGGUGAAAGAGUUGGCUUGCAAGCAUCCAAAUCUGGUGGUGUUGCAGUUAGAUGUCACUAAACCCGAGAGCAUCCAAGCAGUUCUGAAGGAAGUGGAAAAGUGUGUUGGAGAAAGUGGGCUGACCCUCCUCAUCAACAAUGCUGGCAUUAGGUUGUUCAAUGACCUUGAAACAGAAAAUGCAAAGGAUAUGAUGGCGGUGUAUUCCAUCAACACCAUCGGCCCUCUACUAAUGAGUCAGGCCUUUCUGCCCCUGCUGAAGAAGGCAGCCAGGAGAAGUCCAUGUCAAGAGCUGAGCAGCAGCCAAGCAGCCGUUAUCAAUAUCUCCAGUGCUGCAGGAUCCAUGGAAGUGAUGCUCCUUUGGGAUAAGUUGAAAGUCAUUGGCUACCGUUGCAGUAAGGCUUCUUUAAACAUGCUCACCAAAUGCCAGUCACUUGAGUAUCCACGCUACGGGAUUCUGUCCGUCUGCAUCCAUCCUGGCUGGGUGAAGACGGUUUACGAAGAUGCAGAUCUAACGGUGGAAGAGAGCACACAGGGCAUCAUGGCUGUGCUAUCCAUGCUUUCUGAGAAGGAUAAUGGGAACUUUGUGGACUGGUUGGGCCGACAAGUACCCUGGUGAUCCAUUUGCAUCUUAAUGCUUGGACACUAAGCAUUAAGUGUCCACUAAUGCUUAGUGUCCAAGCUAAUAUAACACUAAUGUAACAAUAUAUUCAGGUGGUGAAUCUCCAAUAAAUCACUGAUUGUCAUGACAAUCUUGUCUUUGCUUCCUCUCCCUCCCACCUUCAUUGUAUGUCUGUGUGACUUUUUCACUAUGCACUAUGAAGUGGCAUCUAAGUCUAAGUGCUAUUGCUAUUACAAAACGUGGGUGCGAAUGAUGUAUCAGGAACAGGAUACAGCAAACAGAUGAAAUCUCUUUGCAGCCCCCUGAUAUGGUAAUCUCAGUUUAUUUAGACAAGCUUAGUUUAUUUUGGAAUUGGUUCAGAGGUGUCAAGAACGUUACGCGUACUUCAAUGUCAUAUUUUAACAUGAUAGUUGGACGUCAGGUAUUGGAGAAGUACAGUCAGUUGUGGGUUUAUUCAGUUGGUUUGGGGUAUAAGGCUGUGAAUUGAGCAUGAUGUGCGAGGACAGUUUGUGUCAUGGUUGUUUUUAAUUUCACAAACAACCCAACCCAUCCAACUAACUUUAUUUUAAGCCCAGUUGGAGCCAUGUUUUUAAAAGAGUGGCUAGGUCACAUUUUGCUGGUGACCUU